AAUUUGGGGACUCUCCUGGAUCAAGCCCUAGAUCCGAGACCUUAUCUCAAACCUUAACCAUGGCGAUUGCUCGAACAGGAGUCUACGUCGAUGACUAUUUGGAAUAUGCCAGCACAUUGCCUGCUGAGCUUCAGAGGCUACUCAACACAAUUAGAGAACUCGACGAUCGAUCUCAGUCGAUGAUUGAUCAGACGAGGCAGCAGACGAAAUACUGUCUUGGAUUGUCGACACAGAGUUUGAAGAAAGGAAUUAAUAAUAGUAAUGCUGAGGAUGAGGAGACCGCCUUUGAAAAAUUGCGGAAGGAUAUUGAGGCGAAUCAGGAUAACGCAUUGAGUUUGUGCACUGAGAAGGUUUUGUUGGCACGUCAAGCUGGCGACCUGAUAGAUAGCCAUAUUAAACGACUUGAUGAGGAUCUAAACAACUUUGCAGAAGAUCUGAAACAAGAGGGAAAAAUUUCACCAGAUGAACCAGCAAUUCUUCCACCAUUGCCACUAGUUUCGAAAAAUGAAAAGCGCAAAUCAAUAUAUAUGGUACCUCAAUCUAAGAGGCCAGAUUACAGGGACCGGGAUUGGGAUAGGGAGCGUGAUCGAGAUUUGGAGCUCAUGCCUCCUCCAGGAAGCCAUAAAAAGGACUUUGCACCUUCACUUGAUGUAGAUCAGCCCAUUGAUCCAAAUGAACCUACGUAUUGCAUUUGUCAUCAGGUGUCAUUUGGAGAUAUGAUUGCCUGUGACAAUGAAAAUUGUCAAGGAGGUGAAUGGUUUCAUUAUUCCUGCGUUGGACUAACUCCAGAAACAAGAUUUAAAGGAAAGUGGUAUUGUCCAACCUGCAAAGUAUUACCACAAUGUCAAUAACGCAGGUGCACAGGCAAAAAUUUCUGAGGUCAGUUGGGGAAAAUUCAAGCGGUACGCUUCUAAUAUAAACCCUCUGAUGUUGUUCAUAUUGUGAAGUCAAUUUGUUCAUAUUAAGUGAAGUCAAAGUUUGAUUGAAGUUGAAUUUAAGUUGUAAUUAAUGAUCUAGCAUUCAUUUAUGUUGCAAGAGCUCCAUCAUACUUCAUGUAGAGCUUCAUUUGUUUUUAAGAUGGUUACAAAUGUAUGUUGAAUAAUUGAAAUCUAGAUGUAUGGUAUUUGAGUCGUGUAUUUUAA